AUGGCACCCUCCUUACCACCAAACAACACCAGCACACCCGCAACACCCAAGCGGAUCAGCGUCUUCUCAGCAAACUACAACCCAGCCAGCCAAGUCGGAUCAUCAACCAACAUCAACAACAACAACAACCGAUACGUCAGUCCAUCAAAGAAGAGACAGCUCCAAUUCGGAACACCACCAGUCACGAGGACCCCGUUGAGAGUAGCAGCACUCCCCAGCAUCCCAGCAACACCCAGGACAGAUAUCCUCAAACAACUCCCAGAACCACCUCAGAUACCAGAGGGCAGAGUAGGAUAUGACCCCGAACUCAGGAGCAUCCUCUCCCAUCACGAGGAAUCACUCAGCAAGCUCAUCGACCGCUACUCGAGACUCAAACUGGACCUCUCCCAUCAACUCAACCUCGAGCUAGCCGACUCAGAACAUCAACGAACCAACGCCAAAUGCGAGCUCGCAGUCGUCCAAAAACAGCUGGCAGAGACAGUCGAGUCGAACGACAAGCUCAAGAACGAAUUGACGGCCGCCCGGAAUCGGCUCAAUAAGCUCACUGAUGACCGUCGCGGGAUGGAGCUGAAGCUGGGCGAAUUGAAUGACGCCUUCGAGCUCUGUCGAGAGAAGUUCUCGUCUCUAGAUAACAAGAAGAAACUCGAGAAACACCAUCUGGGUCUGGUAGUUCAAGAGACUAAGAAAGAGCUCGACUUUCUAGAAGAGAUCACCGGUUUAUCGAUCUUGAUCGUCGCACCCGAUAGGUUGAAGUUCAAUUUCAAGUUGAUCGACAUGAAUGCGUACGACAGAGUCUUCUCUAUCGAACUCGAUCUGAGUGACUUCGACUACAAGAUUCUCUCCAUCGAUCCGCCUUGUAGUAAGCUUUUCAACUCGCCUACUUAA